AUGAUUAGAUACUUUGAUGUGAUUUUGAUAGCGAAUAGUCGAUCAUGCUCUGAAUUUUGUUUUGAUUUUCUUGUUAUCAAAGGUGGUGAUGACAACGAUUUGGGAUGGAUUGAAGAGGAGGAUAGCGGUGGAGAAUACACGGCUGACAGACACCCUCUGGAAGAAGGUCAUGGUCAAGGUCAAGAAAAGAAAAGAGGUCUCAGCCACACCUCACUGACGGCUGAAACUGUUCUUGCAAUGGACGCAGCAAGCAGGCAGGGAAGAGCUGUUGAAAGAAGGGAUUCUUUGACUAAUGGUGGCAGCUCGCCAUCCGUUCAAAGAGGAAGUGACCUGCACCCUGAUCAGAAGGUUCCUGGAGCGAGAAUGUCGAUUGGUACCAUGGGUAUAUCAAGUCCUUUAAGAUCUUUUCAGAAUGGGUUUGUCCAUUGCAGCGAGGGUGACUCUGGGGGUCCUUCUCUGUACUAUUAUGAUGAAUGCAGUAGGUUCUCAACUGAUUGCAAAUGCUAUGCCAGGCUUGUAAGGGGUCAUGCAGGAGCCGGAGAUGUAGAAAAGGAGAGAGGACAAAGAGACACAAAGGAUAUUAUGCAGGAACAAUAUGAAGAGAGAUCUGUGAUUGAAGGCGAUGAUUCAGAAGUCUGGAAGCAAUCAGGGUUGAGGUCUAGAGGAAGGGUGCCUUCCAAAUUCCAGAAUGGUGCGGAAACUAGUGCUGAUAAUGAAGAUGAUGCAGUCGAGAGAAGAAAACAGCUUGUUCUGAAAGAAAAUGAUCACAUUGAUAUCUGUGAUGGUAAUGGUUCUUCUGGAGCCAUUACCAACAACCCCAAAGUAAACAAAAGAUGUCAAGUUCGGAUGGGACGGCCAGUGAAAGACAAAUCUCGAUUACAGUGUCCGCAGUGUGGCCGUGGCUUCAAGAGAAAACCAGACCUUGAACGCCACUUCCGUGUUCACUCGGGCGAGAAACCCUUUGCCUGUGAACUCUGCGACAUGCGCUUCACCCGUAACUUUGGACUGCGCUGCCACAUGAGAACGCAUGCAGGGCUGAAGAUUCACACGUGCGGCACCUGUGGCAAAUCGUACAGCCGGCGUUACGACCUGGCGAAGCACGAGAAAGCCGUUCACACUGGGGAACUCAACCACAUUUGCUGUGAAUGCGACAAACGGUUUGUCACUGCGCAGCUCCUCCGUGUCCACAAGCGGACGCACACCAACUCGCAGCCGUACCUCUGCCAGGAAUGUGGCCACAGGAGUAACCAUCGCAGCGACCUCAAGAAGCACAUGAGGGUCCACACCAACGAGAGACCUUAUUGCUGUUCGAUCUGUAAGAAAAGCUUCCUACAGAGUGGGUGUUUGGCCAGUCACAUGUCACAUUCUCACAGCAAGUAAAGUCCUACAAAACCAUCACAGUGGUUUAUCAUGUGAAUGGAAUGGGGCGUAC